AUGACGGAGGUAUCAGCCACCCGGCUGUACUUGGGAAACCUUCCUCGCAAUGCUACCAAAUCCGACAUCGAGGCUCACUUCGCGACUCAUGGCACUGGAGAAAUUACCGAAGUAAAGCUCAUGAACGGCUUUGGGUUCAUCGAGUACAAGGACCCAAUGGAUGCCCGCGAUGUUGUGCCGGCAUUCCAUGGUUCUGAUUUCAUGGGAGAACGGCUCACUGUACAGUUCGCACGCGGUUCCCGGCAUCGCGAGGGCGGCGGCGGCUUUGGCAACCCUGAGCGCACUGCGCCGCGGCCUCGUCGAACCCCUCAUCGAAUGCAGAUUACGGGACUACCAAAUGACACCUCUUGGCAGGACCUCAAGGAUUUCGCACGUCAAUCAAGUUUGGACGUAGUCUACUCUGAGACGGGCCGUGAUUCGAAUGGCCGAGGAUUUGUCGAGUUCGAGACUGCUGCGGACCUGAGGACUGCGGUUGAGAAGCUCGAUGGACAAGAAUUUAAGAAGCAGCGAGUCCACUGCGUUGCUGACACUCAGCCCGACAUGCCUCCUCGCGAGCGCGGCCGAUCACGCUCUCCUGGACGACGCCCGUACCCCCCUCCCAUGGACGAUUACGACCGUCGCGGCCCUCCUCGAGGAUACAGCCCCCGCCGAGAUGGGUACGGCUACCGCGACCGUAGCCCGCGUCGCGAUUAUUACGAUGACCGUGCUCGCUAUCGAUCUCCCCCUCGUCGUCCCAUGGAAGACUACCCUCCACCUCCCCCUCGCGGUCGCUACGAUGAUCCUUACCGACGCGACUACCCUCCUCCUCCUCCCGACCCAUACGCCAAUGGGCGACCCCCAUAUGACCGACCUCCUCGAGAUUUCCCCCCUCCUAGAGAGGCAGGAUACCCACGAGAUGGUGGCUAUCCUCGAGACUAUGACCGCGGUGGACGCUACUGGUAA